CAGGGCUGCGAGCCAAUGGGGGGCAGAGUGGAAGAAAACUUCUCAAGAGAGAAAGUUGGAGUGAAGUUUGGACUCGAUAGAGAGAGACGGGGACUGGGUCGGAGCUGGGAACCAGGGGCCAGGAGGAUAAGGAAGGAGUCCCGGCUGUGUAACCCUCGCUGCCUGUGUGUGUGUGUGUGUGUGUGUGUGUGUGUGUGUGUGGGGUUUGGGCUGAGCCCGGGGUGUACGCGCUGAUACAUGGCGAGCUUUAGCCGCACGGAGGACGCUGGGCAUGGCGCGGCCGCUUCUGAUUCAGUAAACAGGAUUCUGGAUAAACAAUCUGAAGCUCUCGUGCGGAGGUUUGUCCUGGAGACAAUCCUUGAAGAAGAUCCACAAUCACAACUCAGUCCUGAAGAUCUUGGUGGCACGAGAAAAGAGAUUGAUGACCCUAAUGUCAAGGAGAUAUGCAAAAGUUUGAAGAAAAUUGGAGAUGAGCUGAACAGAAAUGUUGAAUUACAACAUGUAAUUGAGACUGUACCUCUUGACAAUAUUCGAGAAGUUUUGCGCAAAGUGGCUGAAGGGAUAUUAGUUUCUGAUGGCUUGAACUGGGGACGAAUUGUAAUCUUCCUGUAUUUUGCCAGCAGACUUGUAUUUAAGGCACUGAAAAAUCUGAGAUCAAUGAUUCAACCUAUCAUUAAUUGGUCUCUGGACUUGAUUCGAGCCCGUGUAAUUCCGUGGAUUGAACAACAAGGUGGAUGGGAGACAAUCUAUUCUUACAUUGGAACUCCAACCUGGCAGACUUUUGCAGCCUUUUCAGCGGGUCUAAUUACUGGCGUUUUGGUGAUAAUGAGAUUGACCUAACAAUACUGCUCCUUUUCUCUCAGUACCUCCAUUUCUGUCCACCGAUUGAAUCUAGUCAUUUAUUCUUCAACGUUUUGCACCCGAACCUACGUGAAUCUUCUCCACAGAUCUGUUAUACGUGAAAAAGUGGGAUUUCUAAUCAUGAACUUGUGAAUAUUGUUGGACAGUUUUAUAUUUAUCCUCAUUACUUGACUUUAAUUUUUAAAUAUGUUUUAGAAUUAGCAUUUUUUUAAUGUUGACGUGUGUUACUUUUCCAACUGGCUAUUGAAGCAUGCAGCAGCUGUGCCUGCUAAAACUCUUCCAUAGGAUACAGCAAGUGUGAAAGGUGUAGGAUGAACUUUUUAAUAAUGGUGCCAAAGAGUGUAGCUUCUUCAAUGUCAAAGCAACAAUUUUUGACUAAGUUGUCUUAAAAACCAGUUAAACUUACUCUUAUCUUUUGAUUUAUUAUUGUCACAUGUACCUAGGUACAGUGAGUAGUUUUAUUUUGCUUGCGGUACAAGCAGGGUCUAUGUUUUAAUAUUUCUGACAGUACAGCAGGAAAGUCAUUUUUAAACAGAUUUUCACUCAUUUUUAAGUGACUGUGGCCCUAUCCACCCUUGAACACCCAAUCAGAAUCAACAUUGUCAUAUUCACAGGAAUGGGAGGCAACCAUUUCAGCACAGCCGCCUGUUCUGCCAUUAUGCUGGAUCAAGGUUAACUCUAACUAUGUACCUUGGUUGCGUAAUGCUGAAUGGCAAUGUUUAACAAAAUCUGUCUGGAAUCUGAGAGGAAUAAUUAGAAGUCUCACUCAUGUUCCUGAUGAAUAGGCAGUUCAGAAAUAGCAACACAGCCUAAGGAUACAGGGUAAGCCAGUUAGGACUGAGUUGAGGAGAAAUUUCUUCGCCCAGAAAGCAGUGAGCCUACACCAGGAUUCACUCCGACAGAAAGCUGUCGAGGCCAAAACAUUGUCUGAUUUCAAGGGGAGUUGGAUAUAACAGUUGAGGCGGGGGUGGUGGUGUUGAGGGAUCAGAGAGAAGUGGGAGCAGGCUAUUGAGCUGGAUGAUGAGCUGUGGUCAUGUUGAAUGGCGGAGCAGGCUCGAAGGGCUGAAUGGCCUACUUCCAUUAUUUUCUAUGAAAAUUUUAUUUGACCCCCCCCCCCACCCUGCACCCUGCCCAGGAUCAACAACAUGAUGUGGUGCACAGAUUUAAAUUGUUGAAGAAAUACUUGAUGGUUUCACUUUGGAAUGGCUAAGAUCCAAUGUUAACAGCACUUCGUUUUGCCACCUCUCUGACCACAGGAACGCCCCGCCCCUCCAAAACCCCUGUGGACAAUGCUCCAUUCCUCUAUCCUAUCAAGUCCUUUUAGUCAGUUUAAGCAUCUCAAUUGGAUCACCUUUUAAGUUUCUGUGCUUCAGAAUUUAGUUCUUUUAGCUCUGUGUAAUUCUGCUCAUUCUGUGUAGUGUUCUCCCAAAGUCAUUGUCAUUCCUCAGGCUGAAUGGAAUACAGCCCUGUACUGUAAUAACUUCACAUAACAGUAACAUUACUUGCUUCUCCCUUCUGUAUUUCAGCCCCCUUUGGGUAAUGUUGGCCUUUUUAUUUCACUCCAAAAUAUGUGCGGAAGCUCUGCUAGAGAUCUCACCCCAUAGUGCUGCAGAUAAGUGGUGUAACAUGACAUUCCCAAACAUCUCCAUUGGAUGGACUGCAUAGCAAGAUCUAAUGUGGGAAAUUUGUGUCAUUCAUAAUAUCUUAGCAAUGCAUAUACUCAAAGUGAGAAGGUUGUGGGUUCACUGCAUGUUUACAUUUUGAAUUUUAAUUUAUAUUGGGGAGCAGCUGCAAUUUGACUUGCUAAUGCAUUGAUUUUUAGUGAUUUUAAAGAGAAAUCCUUUUCUCUAUUUGAAUUCUAUGUAGAGUGCAGUAUUGUAAUGGAAAGGCUAUUAUGGCGAGGUUGUGGCAUAGUGGUAAUGUCACUGGAUUAGUAAUCUGGAACCUUGGACAAAUGUUUUGGGAGCAUAGAUUCGAAUCCCACCACACUACAUGGUGAAAUUUGAAUUCAAUAAAAGCCUGGAAUUAAA